CAUGCGCACAAGCAGCGCGGAACCGUCGUGUGUCAGAUGUGUGAACUCAGAGUUUGUUGCCAUAAUUAAUAAUAAUAAUAAUAUUUAAUCAUGAAGAGCAGGUUUAAUACAGUGGAUAUCAGGGCAGUGAUCGCAGAAAUCAACGCAAAAUGUGUCGGGAUGAGAGUCAACAACAUCUAUGACAUCGACACUAAAACAUACCUGAUCAAGCUGCAGAAGCCGGACUGUAAGUCGGUGCUGCUGAUCGAGUCUGGGAUCAGGAUUCACCUGACGGAGUUUGACUGGCCCAAGAACAUCAUGCCGUCUGGAUUCGCCAUGAAAUGUCGAAAGCAUCUGAAGUCCAGGAGAUUGGUGCAUGUGAAGCAGCUCGGUGUGGACAGGAUCGUGGACAUGCAGUUUGGAUCUGACGAGGCGGCGUAUCAUCUGAUCCUGGAGCUGUAUGACCGCGGAAACAUCAUCCUGACGGACCAUCAGUUCACUAUCCUGAAUCUGCUCCGCUUCCGUACGGCGGAGGCCGAGGACGUGGACGUGAAGAUCGCGGUGAGAGAGAGAUACCCUGUAGAGAACGCCAGACCUGUGGAGCCGCUCAUCCGUCUGGACAGACUCAAAGAGAUCCUGUCUGAAGCUCAGAGCGGAGAACAAAUCAAACGGGUUCUGAAUCCUCAUCUGCCGUACGGCGGAUCGCUCAUCGAACACUGUCUCAUGGCCGUCGGGCUGCCGGGCCUCUGUAAAGUCGACCAGUUUGAUAUCGCUCAGGCAAUUUUGAAAAUCAUGGAGGCCCUACAGAUGGCUGAAGAUUAUAUGGAGAAAACGGCCGACUUCAGUGGAAGGGGCUUCAUCAUCCAGAACAGUGAGAAGAAGCCGAGCAUGUGUCCGGACCAAGCCGAGGAAGAGCUGCUGACGUAUGAAGAAUUUCAUCCGUUCCUCUUUUGUCAACAUGCAAAAAGCCGCUAUGUUGAGUUUGAGUCUUUUAACAAGGCCGUGGAUGAGUUCUUCUCUAAGAUGGAGAGUCAGAAGUUGGACAUGAAAGCGCUGCAGCAGGAGAAACACGCGCUGAAGAAGCUGGAGAACGUCAGACGCGAUCAUGAGCAGCGGCUGGAGGCGCUUCAUCAGGCACAGGAGGUGGACCGGCUGAAGGGAGAGCUGGUGGAGAUGAACCUGCAGACGGUGGAGCGAGCGCUGCAGGUGGUGCGCAGUGCGCUGGCCAAUCAGGUGGACUGGGCCGAGAUCGCUCAGAUCGUGAAGGAAGCUCAAGUGGCCGGCGACCCCGUGGCCUGCGCCAUUAAAGAGCUCAAGCUGCAGAGCAAUCACAUGACCAUGCUGCUCAAAAACCCAUAUGUUGGUUCAGAGGACGGAGAGGCCGAAGACACGGAUGCCAAAAAGGCUGCGGAGGGAUCAGAAGCGCAAAAGGGGAAGAAGAGUAAGAGCAAAGACAAAGGACAGAAAGGAAAACUGGAGAAGGACAAGCCUGUUCUUGUGGACGUGGAUCUGAAUCUCUCGGCCUACGCCAAUGCAAAGAAGUAUUACGACAGCAAGAGAAGCGCGGCCAAAAAAGAGCAGAAAACCGUGGAAGCGGCGCAGAAAGCCUUCAAAUCUGCUGAGAAAAAGACCAAACAGACACUGAAAGAGGUGCAGACAGUGACCAGCAUCCAGAAAGCCAGGAAGGUCUACUGGUUCGAGAAGUUCCUGUGGUUCGUCAGCUCCGAGAACUAUCUGAUCAUCGCCGGACGAGACCAACAGCAGAACGAGAUGAUUGUCAAGCGCUACUUGAGAGCAGGGGACGUUUACGUUCAUGCGGAUCUGCACGGAGCCACGAGCUGUGUGAUCAAGAACCCGUCUGGUGAGCCGGUUCCUCCCCGCACGCUGACCGAGGCCGGGACGAUGGCCGUGUGCUACAGUGCGGCGUGGGACGCUAAGGUCAUCACCAGCGCCUGGUGGGUCCACCAUCAUCAGGUGUCCAAAACGGCUCCGACCGGAGAAUAUCUGACCACUGGUAGCUUCAUGAUCAGAGGGAAGAAAAACUUUUUGCCUCCAUCGUAUCUGAUCAUGGGCUUUGGGUUCCUGUUCAAGGUCGAUGAUGAGAGUGUUUUUAGGCAUCGUGGAGAAAGGAAGAUGAAAACCCUGGAUGAGGAAGAGGACGUGGCGUCCAGCACCGCAGACCUUCUGGAGGAAGGAGACGAACUCUUAGGUGAAGACAGCGGGAGUGAGGGUGAGGAGGAGGAAGAGUCCAGCCGGCCGGCGGCAGAGGAGGAAGAGCAGCUGACAUGUGGAAACAUCAGAGACGAGGAUAAAGCCGAAGACGGCGAACAAACGUGCAGCGCGCCGGACGAACCGCCGGCCGAGGGCGAUCAGAGCACAGAGAAUGAGAUCAGCUUUCCAGACACGAACAUCUCGCUGUCACACCUGCAGCCCAACAGGACUCUUCAGAGUGACGCCUUCAAGCAGGACGAUUCACAUCAGGUGAACGCAGACGCUCAAGGCAAAAAGCACCUGACGGCCAAACAGCGCAGGGACAUGAAGAAGAAGCAGAAGCAGGAGAACACGGACGACCCGGAGGAAAACGACACCAAAGAGCCGGAGACUCACAGCGUACCGGAGCGCAAGAACGGAGCGGCCAAUCCGCCGCUGAAGAGAGGACAGAAGAACAAACUGAAGAAGAUGAAGGACAAAUACAAAGACCAGGAUGAAGAGGACCGAGAGAUGAUGAUGAAGCUAUUGGGGUCCGCAGGAUCCAGUAAGGAGGAGAAAGUAAAGAAGGGCAAGAAAGGGAAAAUGAAAGAAGAGCCGGUCAAGAAACCUCUGCCUCAUCAGAGAGCUGCCGUGAAGCCCAGAGCCGAAAACAGCAGCCGGACGAAUGAAGACGCUGACGCUGUUGAAGAUCCUGACGCGAAGGAGACGGAGGACGUGGACAAUCCUGCCGCUGAGGACGGUUCUAUUCUGGACUCGCUGACCGGUCUGCCCCAUCCGGAUGAUGUGUUGAUGUUCUCCGUGCCCGUUUGUGCUCCAUACAUGGCUCUCUCAAACUACAAGUACAAAGUGAAAUUAACGCCAGGGACUCAGAAAAAGGGGAAAGCUGCCCGUACGGCCGUGUUGAGCUUCAUGCGAGGGAAAGACGCCAGCGCGCGAGAGAAAGACCUGUUCCGAAGCGUGAAGGACACGGAUCUGUCCAGGAACAUGCCUGGGAAAGUCAAGGUGUCUGCGCCGAACCUCUUAGCAGCCAAGAAGAAGUGAAGCGGGAGGAGCGCAUCCCAGAAUCACCUUAUGAAAGACUGUAUUUUAUGACUGAGCUUUAGGUUUUUUAAAAGCAAAUAAUUUCCCCUCAUCAACUCACUGCAUUUAAUAAUAAAUAAAUAAAAAUUACAGUAUAAAUGUGAACACAGCUCCAUUUAUUUUCCAUGUUGGAAAAAACAAAAAAAAAAAACACAUCAAUACAACAUUUUGUCUUUUUGUACAAAUCUGCGUCAGAAAAUCUUGAGUUGUGAUGAAUCAUGGGAAUUUGUCAAAUAAUUUCAGUAAAUGUGUGAAUCAGUGGGUUUGGAAAACAGAUUUCAGUUUAUUCCCCAAAUGUUGGUAGUUUUUUUUUUUUUUUUUUUUCCACACAAAGCGUUGAUUGUAUUCUUACAACUGGGAAAUUUUGUUAGAAAUUGUGACGACCAAUAAAGACCAUUGACCAGUA